AUGCACAAAACUUCGAAAGCCACAAAACCUGGGCGGAAAUCAUGGACUACACGUUGGUCAAUAUUGUGCAGGCAACCAGUUGCCACAAUCGAACACAAUAAGCAUCACGGGAGCCUCCUCGUCGUCGGCGAUUCUCCGGCGCCUUUGUCUGGUCAUCUCUGGCUCCUGCCGUGCUCUCUGGUGCUCCUUUGCCUCAUGGAUGGCGCUCCCAUGCCUCGGACGCACGCCCCCUCUCCCCCGAGCUCCAGAUGGGAAGCAGCGGUCCCCCCUCUCCCCCGAGCUCGGGAUCCAUUGCAGCAACGGCAAGAUCGACCCGCGACACCGAUGAUUGGUCGGAGUAUGCAUAUCUUUGGACCCUUCCUCCUUGCGGGCCUCUCCACUAAAGACUGGGAGGCAAGAACCAGCGCCACCGCCAUGUCUGUUGGUGAUGCUCACGCUGGAAACCAGAGUUUGUUGGGUAUGCUUCCAGGAACAUGGGCUUAUGUUAGUGCUGGUGCAUUUGGGAGAUCUAUAAUUGCUGCAAAGAAUCUUGUAGCUGUGGCGGCGGUGACACUUUCAGUUCCUGCUUUCAGGGCACCUACUACAAAUAUACCUUCUGGAUCAGGCAAUGGGGGGAAAGUAAUGGAUACUGGCUACCCAACUGAGCCAACUGCUCCCUUGGUUGAUAAGGCGAAGAAAGCAUGGUGGAUGGCGAAGAGUGGGGGAAGUGGACCUGUCUCUUUGGUUGAAAAAAGGAAAGGAAGUGAGGGGCGUUGGGGGACAACACAAAUGAGAAUGAGCAGCUCUAGAUUUCCUGUGCUCACAUAG